CUUUUGAUAACAGUUGUGCAACUACUUUAACUGUGCUUUUGAUAUUAAACCACAAUAAUUCGUUUAUUAUUCCAUUUUGUGUGUUAAACAUAAGUAAACAUAAUAUUAGAAAAAUGCAGAAUACAAAAUAAAAUAAUUUGUGUUGAUAACAGACUGUUUGUAAGUGGUGAUAACGCAACGUAUCGCUGUACCUUUUCAUUAUGGAUAAUUUCAAAAAAUCAAAUAUUACAAAUUCAAAAAAGAAAAGAGCACCGUCAUCAAAAAAAUUAAUUGAAAGUUUAAAAAUAAAAAAAGAAUGUGAGAAAAAAGCAUUAGAUAUUGUUGUUGAGUUAAUUGAUGGUGGAUUGGAAGAACCUGACUUGUUAAAUAAGCUGUGUUCAAUUAAUGCUUGCCACUAUGAAGAUGUAGUAGAGGAAAGAUUUAUUUUAAAACAAUGUGGAUAUGUUAUGUGUGAUAAAAAAUUGACAGACAUACCAAAUCAAAAGUAUAAAAUAUCAUUAGCUCUUACUAAGGUGUUUGACAUCACAGAAAGGAAGAAAUUUUGCUCCAAUACAUGUUAUAAAAGUUCACAAUAUUUACAAAAACAACUAUUAACUACACCACUGUGGUUACGUGAUAAAGAUACAGUACCAAAAUUUAAAUUAUUAAAUAUACAUAUGGAAAAAGAAACUCCAUUGGAUUCAAUUCACAAUAGUCAAAUAAAAUUAUCAACACCAACAACUACUGUUUCUGCAACAAAUGAUACCAAAACUGAUAUUGAAGAAGAAUUUAAGAAUUUAUUAACAUUGAAAUCCAAUAAUUGA